AUGAAAUGCCUCCAGUCAGUGUCUAGUCUCAGCAAGGAGGAACUGAGACGGCUAACCCGGGUCCUGAGCAUAGGGUUUAUCGACCCAGAUGGUAACGAGCCCGGAGAUAAAGGGGAGAUAAUAAAAGCGAUCAAGAAACUUCCCUCGGCCCUGCAGAGGCACUGGCUAGAUCCCUGGAUGGACCUCAUAGGUCGUGCACCUGCCGUGGCCCUGUGUGAUUUGCACACGAAACUGAACCCUUACAUGAUCCGAUAUAUAUUUGAGUUGUUGCGGUGCGAGGUAAUCACACAUUUGGAGUGCCUCUACUGGUACCAUAGUGUGCUCCAUGAUGUUCGCCUUGACCUCGUCGAUAUAAAAGUGCGCGAUAUUGUGUACAGUUUGGGAGAUAUAUGCUACAUGUGGACCCCCUCUCGACGAGCUAUCCAAGGAAGCCCUGUCACGUACCAGCAGAAUAAGUGCGAAGCGUGCAUCCUAGCCCGGAUUGUCAACGGGCGGAAAUUCCUGCAGCAUCUGCGUACAGCCCUCCUGAGUCGGACAGCAACCAGAAGGAAUCACCGGGUACCAACGUUUCUCCCCUUCGUGGAAGAAAGCAUAGCCUGCCAUGAAGGCUUCAUUGAUAAGAUACACUGGCGCAGCAGCACACUGGCGGCAACCAUGAAGCGCCAGCGGAAACAUGCCCACCGGGCUCGGAUGACGUCUGACCCGGUAGCGAGUCUCAAACAAGACCUCUCAAGAACCGCAGAGGGGGCCGUAGUUCCCAUCGGGAUAGACCCGGAAGUUCUCGAGUCGUUUCAAAAGGGCCGACAAGAGGGCGGAAUCCAUGGCGAACGACGCACAAUAUCUGAGCAGGUGCCCAAAAAGCAAGAUAGCGACACCGACACCCUUGCAGGAAUAGUCGGGUUGUACAACGAGCCUCACCCUCUGAACUGGAUAUCCUCUCCCACAUCCUGUGCAAUGGAGAGUCAGUCAGAUCUCUCUUCCGUCACCUACACCGACGAAUCACCCACUCAUGUGUCACCAGCCUCCCUAACUUCCACACCAGAUCCGUUGCUGGUUCUUUCACCAUCAACCCGCAAGCAAAAAGCACCGAUGAAAGACCGUGUUGAUGAUAGCAAUGACGGAUGUACAAUUCCUUGGACCUAUUUUCCCACGGAGGUCAAAACCUUGGGUGGGAAGGAUCGCAAGAGUAUGGCGGAUGUGAGCAGAUAG